AUGUUAGGAGUCGAAUCAGAAAAAGAAAUAAUUAAAAUACCAUUAUCUGAUAGUACAAUUAGUCGUAGGAUUAUAAAUAUAUCAGAGGAUAUUGAGGAGCAAGUUAUUGAAGUUAUAAAAAGUGGAGAAUUAUUUGCCUUGCAAGUUGAUGAAUCAACAGACAUAAGUGGGAAAGCUCAAUUAAUGGCAUUUAUUAGAUUUAUUUUAUGUGAAUCAAUGGAAUCUGACCACUAUACAUUGAUUAUUCAUACAGAAGUACGUUGGUUAUCAAAAGGACGAGUUUUAUCACGUUUUUAUGAACUUAGAGAAGAACUUUUGGUAUAUUUUACAAUGGAACAAAUGGAAUGUUCCGAUUAUUUAUCCGAUGAAUUUUGGUGUUCAAAAUUAGGAUAUUUAGCUGAUAUUUUUGAACAUCUGAAUCAAUUAAAUUUAAGCACGCAAGGUGAAAAUCAAAAUUUAUUAAUAUCUACAGACAAAAUGGCUGCAUUUAAAGGCAAAUUAUUGAUUUGGAAAAGAAGUAUAAAUGAUAAUAAUUUGGAUGUUUCCUUUAACUGCUAA